GGACAUCGGAUCGCGAAGAACAAUGGAGUCGGGCCCGCCAUAUCCCGUUUCUAGGUGGCCUUACAAGCCUAACUGGGAGUUGAAAGGCUUCGACUUCAGCCUCAUGCCCGUCGCCCAAUAUCGAAACCCAGUCUCCAGUCUCGGCACGCGGCGAUUCACUACAGGCAUCGCAAACCCCCGUCAUCCGUUAGAGGAAGACCCAACGCGGUUUUCUAGGAGCGAGUCGCACAAUGCAGUCUUCGGCAUGGCGCCAGGAGAGCUCAGAUACUUGAAGAACUGUUCGUGCAAGCUCGGCAAUUUUGGCUGAGAAGCACUGGGGACUGCCCCAACGAAACCGCGCGGCUCGUGCGCGAAUGGAUCUCUUUUCUGGCCGCUAGAGCUCCUCCUCUUUCGUUGUUCCUGAACCCCUGGCAUGUUCUGUUCCAGCAGUGGAACGAGGCAGUGCGGAGGGUCGAUUUGACAAGUGCGGCAUGCGCUGCUCCAUCCAUGGCAGAACAAGCGGAUUCCGCAAGAGCCGCACUGGUAUCAGACGUCUGGGGGGUACAGGCCGCACCGCAGCCUUCAAGUGAUGCUGUUGUGAAGAGAGAGCAGACUCAGGGU